AGUUUCUUGGCACUGUGCUCCACUUCUUCGUCACGCUGUGAGUUCUCGCGUUGCAGUGUGUGUAUAUCUGUGUGCCAGCUGUGUCCUGUUCUCCCUCUAAUGUCACGGGGGCCUUUGCCGGGCCUGCAGGCUGAGACGGGUUCUGAGAAAGAGAAGGAGAUAUAGGCAGGAAGGAUAAGAGAAGGGGAGACAGAGAGAAAGAGAGACAUAUAAAGAGAGCUGUAGAAAGAGAGUUUCUCAGUCUGAGGAAGAUGACCACAGGUGUCUGAGUGACAGACGCUCCGUUUGUUUUCUGCCUACUGGACGCAGGCCGGCGUGGACUGGACAGCGAGCGCGUGAGGCAUGUCCGUGCUGCUUCGCCGUGUGCCCUUGCUGCAGCAGGAGGCCCUGUGGAAAAUCAAACACUUCCACACCGUUCCUGCACUGUGGAACCAGCAGGCCCCCAAAGGAGUGCGCUAUAAGGAUGUCCUGGUGGGCGUUCCUAGGGAGAUUGUGCAGAAUGAGCGGCGCGUGGCGGUCUCCCCGGCAGGUGUGGAGGCUCUGGUGAAGCAGGGUUUUUGCGUGCAGGUGGAAGCUGGAGCUGGAGGAGAAGCAAAGUUCUCAGAUGAUCAGUACAAAGCUGCUGGAGCCGCCAUUACUGACACUAAGGGGGCUUUUGGGUCAGACCUGGUGCUCAAGGUGCGCGGGCCUGUGUUUAAUGAAGCGUUAGGUAUCCAUGAGGCAGAGCUGCUGAAGGAUCGCUCCACGCUGGUCAGCUUUAUUUACCCAGCGCAGAACCCAGAGCUGAUGAAGAAACUUUCUCAGAGACAGAGCACUGUGCUGGCCAUGGACCAGGUGCCCCGGGUUACCAUCGCUCAGGGAUACGACGCCCUCAGCUCCAUGGCCAACAUUGCCGGGUAUAAGGCUGUGGUUCUCGCUGCAAACCACUUUGGACGGUUUUUCACUGGCCAGAUUACAGCUGCAGGGAAAGUGCCUCCAGCAAAGGUGCUGGUGAUUGGCGGUGGUGUAGCUGGUCUGGCAGCGGCAGGAGCGGCUAAGUCUAUGGGAGCCAUCGUGAGGGGCUUCGACACCAGACCUGCAGCUCUGGAGCAGUUUAAGUCUUUUGGAGCGGAGCCGCUGGAGGUGGACGUGAAGGAGUCCGGAGAGGGAGUCGGCGGCUACGCUAAAGAGAUGUCUAAAGAGUUCAUAGAGGCAGAAAUGGAGCUUUUUGCCAAGCAGUGCAAAGAUGUGGACAUCCUCAUCAGCACAGCGCUCAUUCCUGGUAAGAAAGCGCCGGUGCUGAUCAGCAGGCAGAUGGUGGAGAGUAUGAAGGAUGGAUCAGUGGUGGUGGAUUUAGCAGCUGAAGCUGGAGGAAACAUUGAGACCACAAAACCUGGAGAACUGUAUGUUCACAAGGGAGUGACCCAUAUUGGUUACACUGACCUGCCGAGCCGGAUGGCCACUCAGGCCAGCUCUCUGUACUCCAACAACGUUCUGAAGCUGCUGAAGGCCAUCAGCCCUGAUAAAGAGUACUUCCACUUCCAGCCCACAGACCAGUUCGACUAUGGCACGCUGGAGCACGUGAUCCGAGGAACUGUGGUCAUGCAGGACGGCAAGAAUCUGUUCCCCUCCCCCCUGCCGAAGACCACCCCUCCCGCAGCACCGGCCAAACAGAAAACAGUAGCAGAGCUAGAGGCGGAGAAAAAGGCGGAGAUUUCACCCUUCAGGAGAACCAUGACCUCAGCUGGGGUUUACACAGCAGGUGUGUCUACAGUGUUGGGUUUGGGGAUCGCCUCCCCCAACGCUGCCUUUACACAGAUGGUGACGACCUUUGGCCUGGCCGGCAUUGUGGGAUAUCACACUGUGUGGGGGGUCACUCCCGCCCUGCACUCUCCACUAAUGUCCGUCACCAACGCCAUCUCAGGUCUAACAGCAGUAGGUGGGUUGGUGUUGAUGGGUGGGGGUCUCACUCCCUCCACUCUUCCGGAGUCUCUCGCUCUUUUGGCUGCAUUCGUUUCUUCCAUCAACAUUGCAGGUGGUUUCCUCAUAACCCAGCGGAUGUUGGACAUGUUUAAGAGGGCAACGGACCCUCCAGAGUACAACUACCUCUAUGCCAUUCCUGGGGUUGUGUUCGUGGGGGGAUACGGGGCAUCCCUGACCAGCGGCUACAGCAUUGAACAGAUGAUGUAUCUGGGCUCCGGGCUCUGCUGUGUGGGUGCUUUGGCUGGUCUCUCUGCGCAGGGCACCAGUCGCCUUGGAAAUGCUCUUGGCAUGAUCGGUGUGGCCGGUGGCAUCGCUGCCACGCUGGGUGCCCUUAAACCUUCCACUGAGCUCUUGACACAGAUGUCCCUCGCUAUGGGAACAGGAGGAGUUCUGGGUCUGACCAUCGCUAAGCGGAUUGAAAUCUCAGACCUGCCUCAGCUCGUGGCUGCGUUCCACAGCCUGGUGGGUCUGGCUGCUGUGCUCACCUGCAUUGCAGAGUUUAUGAUCGAACACCCUCACCUGGACGUUCACCCGGCUGCUAACGUGGUGAAGACCGUGGCCUACCUGGGCACCUACAUCGGCGGAGUCACCUUCACCGGCUCGCUUGUCGCCUACGGGAAGUUGCAAGGUAUUCUGAACUCCGCUCCUCUGCUGCUUCCUGGACGCCACAUGUUGAACGCGUCUCUGUUAGCUGCCUCUGUUGGGGGGAUGGUUCCCUUCAUGCUGAGUGACGGCUACGGCACCGGCCUGGGCUGCCUGCUUGCUGUCUCGGGCCUGUCGGGGGUCAUGGGUGUAACUCUGACUGCAGCUAUAGGGGGCGCUGAUAUGCCGGUGGUCAUCACAGUGCUGAACAGUUACUCUGGCUGGGCACUGUGCGCUGAGGGCUUCCUGCUGGACAACAACCUGAUGACCAUAGUGGGCGCUCUGAUCGGCUCAUCUGGUGCCAUCCUCUCCUACAUCAUGUGUGUGGCUAUGAACCGCUCUCUGCCUAACGUCAUUCUGGGUGGAUACGGAACUACAUCCACACUGGGCGGAAAACCCAUGGAGAUCGUGGGCACACACACCGAGGUCAAUGUGGAGCAGACCAUCGAGUUGAUCAAGGAGGCCAAUAGCAUCAUCAUCACGCCUGGUUGGGGUCUGUGUGCAGCCAAAGCUCAGUAUCCAAUCGCUGACAUGGUGAAGAUGCUGAGAGAGCAGGGCAAGACGGUCAGGUUCGGUAUCCACCCUGUGGCUGGACGUAUGCCCGGUCAGCUGAACGUGCUGCUGGCUGAAGCUGGAGUUCCGUAUGAUGUGGUUCUGGAGAUGGACGAGAUUAACGAGGAUUUCCCUGAGACUGACCUGACCCUCGUGAUUGGAGCCAAUGACACAGUAAACUCAGCAGCACAGGAGGAUCCAAACUCCAUCAUCGCGGGCAUGCCUGUGCUGGAGGUGUGGAAGUCCAAACAGGUGAUCGUGAUGAAGCGAACUCUGGGUGUCGGCUAUGCAGCGGUGGAUAACCCUAUUUUCUACAAACCGAACACCUCCAUGCUGCUGGGAGACGCCAAGAAGACCUGUGACAGCUUACAGGCCAAAAUCAGAGAGGCCUACUACUGAGCCCCGGCACAACCGCUUCAAUUUCAGAAUUAAGAGCUACAGAAUUAAGAGGAAAUGUAUUUAUUUGGAAAAUAAUCAUGUUGUUUUAUUCACAAUAAAAGUGCCUUAAAAAUGAAACGAA